AUGGAACUGUCAGACAGUGAUCGGCCAGUGAGCUUUAGCUCCACAUCCUCCUCUGCAUCUUCUAGAGACAGCCACUGUUCCUUUGGCAGCAGGUUGACCUUAGCUUCCAAUGGCCAUUUGAGCUUGUGUAAUAACCAGGAUAAAGAAACAGGAGCCAUAAAACUUGAGCUGAUGCCAACAAGGAGAUUCUCCAGCAGUGAAGUACGGAGGAAUCCCCCAGAGGAAAAACAGAACAUGGAGGAAAGCAGUGAAAAGUGGCAGGGAGUGCUGAGGACACCUGAAGCAAAAGGAGCAAGUAAAAAUGGCACCCUCUCCCUGGUUGCAGAAUCUACUACAAGUCCUAAACUUCUCUAUGUGGAUAGAGUAGUCCAAGAAAUUCUGGAAACUGAGAGGACCUACGUACAAGAUUUAAAAAGCAUUGUUAAGGAUUAUCUAGAUUGCAUCAAAGACCAAUCCAAGCUUUCUCUGGGGGCUGAAGAAAGAUCUGCCCUUUUUGGAAACAUACAAGAUAUCUACCAUUUCAACAGUGGACUUUUGCAAGAUUUGGAAAACUGUGAAAAUGAUCCUGUGGCCAUAGCAGAAUGCUUUGUAUCUAAGAGUGAAGAUUUUCACAUUUAUACACAGUAUUGCACCAAUUAUCCAAGAUCAGUAGCUGUGCUAACUGAAUGCAUGAGGAACAAAAUGUUAGCCAAGUUCUUCAGAGAACGGCAGGAAACUCUCCAUCACUCACUGCCAUUAGGAUCGUACCUUUUGAAGCCUGUUCAGCGGAUUCUCAAGUAUCAUCUGCUUUUACAUGAAAUAGAAAACCACCUUGACAAGGAGACUGAUGGCUAUGAUGUGGUGCUUGAGGCCAUUGACACAAUGCAGAGAGUAGCUUGGCACAUUAAUGACAUGAAGAGGAAACAUGAGCAUGCAAUCCGGCUACAGGAGAUACAGAGUUUGCUAACAAACUGGAAAGGACCAGACCUGACCAGUUAUGGGGAGCUAGUUUUGGAAGGAACAUUCCGCAUCCAGCGUGCUAAAAAUGAACGAACAUUGUUCCUCUUUGACAAGCUACUUCUGAUCACAAAGAAAAGAGAAGAAACCUUUACCUACAAAGCUCACAUACUGUGUGGCAACCUCAUGCUUGUGGAAAUGAUUCCCAAGGAACCACUUAGUUUUAGUGUCUUCCAUUAUAAGAAUCCCAAGCUUCAACACACAGUGCAGGCUAAAUCCCAACAAGAUAAACGACUCUGGAUUCUCCACCUGAAGAGACUUAUCCUAGAAAAUCAUGCUGCUAAAAUUCCAGCUAAGGCGAAGCAAGCAAUUCUGGAAAUGGAUGCCAUUCAUCAUCCAGGGUUCUAUUACAGUCCUGAGAAAGACAUAAAGACAUUUUCCAGUUCAAAGGAAGGCACUGUUCCCCAUCGCCUAAGAAGAAAAUCUGAACCUUCCUCUAGAGUGCAUAAGGUUUUGAAAUCCAGUGAAACAACACAAGAUAUACAAAAGGUAAAUGAUGAAGAAGCAUCUCCAUCACUAAUUACAGACCUUCCACGUUCAACAUCGGCUGGAAAUCCUCCAACACAGAGGACCUCUCAGCAAAAUAAUCCAGUCCUUUUGAAUGUCCUGGGAGGUGGUGGUGCUGGUGUGAGAAACAUCUGGACUGACCACCAGAUCAGGCAAGCUCUAUUUCCCAGUAGACGCUCACCUCAAGAGAAUGAGGACGAUGAAGAUGAUUACCAAAUGUUUGUGCCAUCAUUAUCUUCAUCUGAUUUGCAUUCCACCAGGCUUUGUGAGGAGAGUAAUGGUUCCAGUCGACCCUGUAGUUGGCAUUUGGGACAGAUGCAAUCCAGAGACCCCGGGAUCACCAGUUCUGGUCACAGGAUUGUCCGGAGGGCCAGCAGUGCUGGUGAAAGCAAUAUUUGUGUACCAGAGGCACGAAAUAGAGACAGUGACGAUAUUCAACACUCUUCACGGAGAGAGGUAGAGAGAGGUUCUAGAACAGAAAGUGAUGGGAAGGCUUACUUUGAUCCAGAGCUGGCCCUUCAAGAUGUAGACCAUGUCUAUGAUAAUAUUAGUUACGAAGAUUUAAAACGGAUGGGUUUUGCCAAAAGGGACGCACCUGAAUAUAUUCCCCAGAGAUCAAACAUGGACUCUUUUCAAGGCAUACACCAUCAAAGCAGCCCAAACUUAUUAAUCUUCCCCCAGAAGCAAGAAGGUCAAGAUAAUCUCACCAUGCCUGAAAAAAGAGAUGGAACCUUAUCUAGUAGAGAUCCCUCCAACUUAAGCUCAAAUGAGCUCAGCAUUGCGGAGGAAAAUAUAUAUGACACUAUACAGCUCCCAGAUCCACCAUUACUGAAUUUUAAAUGCAACUACCUAAAAUGUGCAAAGCGGAGCAGCUUUUUAGGACUGGAAACUGACUUUGCCUGCUGUGAUAGUUUGAGACCAUUUGUUUCCGAAGAGAGCCUCCAGUUCAGCGAAGAUGAAACACCUUACCGUCAAGCUCCUGUGGAGAAUGAUUAUUUAAGUUUGCUGUAUAGUUCUUCUAACUCUGAUUCACUGUCUCACAAGUCUGUAGCUGAUAAACUGUCAGAAGAAGUAGAUGAAAUUUGGAAUGACUUGGAAAACUACAUCAAGAAAAACGAAGAUAAAACCAGGGACCGCCUCCUUGCUGCAUUUCCUGUUAGUAAAGAUGAUGUCCAAGAAAGAUUACAUGCUGGAAGCACACCUGAACUCAGUAAAGAUAUAAACUAUGCAAUUUCUACCCUCUCCCUACCAGAAAACCCUGCUUUUCUUAAGCCUGUAAAAAAUAAAGCUAUGAGGUUAAGCAGGACCAAUCUCCCUUUUGAAGAAGACUUGCUUUACAAAGAAAACUCAUUAAUGAAUCUUAAUAGACUUUCUCUGGCCAGUGAAAUGCCUUCUAUAGUGAGCCCUUGUGAAUCGAUUAAUAGUAGUUUAUCCCACACAGACCCUGAGAGUACUGACCCAAGAGUGAACAGUACAGAUAAAACCAAAAGCAGAGUUUUUCUGAUGGCAAGACAAUACAGUCAGAAAAUCAAGAAGGCUAAUCAGCUUUUGAAAGUGAAAGGUCCAGAGGGAGAACAAACAGCCAGUCAGCCUCAUAAAUCAAGACAUAAAGAUCUUGCUGCCAUAUUGGAGGAGAAGAAGCAAGGAGGUCCUGCUAUUGGUGCUAGGAUUGCUGAAUAUUCCCAACUCUAUGAUCAGAUUGUAUUCAGAGGGACACCCCUUAAAACAAAGAAGGAUGGCUGGGCCAGUCCGGGAGGGUCACCAAUCCUCCGUGCUUCAUCACCACCGUCUAUGUCUCUUUCCCAUUCUCAGUUUGAUGAUGAAAGCGCUCAAACGGAAGACUGGCUUUUGCACUCCACAUACAGUAAUGGAGAAUUAGCAGAUUUCUGUGCCUGGCCUCAUGAAGAUACCAAGGCAAGGUAUUCUCAUUCAGAGAUGAAUGCAAAAAGUACUCCACGGCAGCUGCCCACAGUUUAUUCUGUGCCUUUGCUUCAAACAUCUACCCCUCUGCAAGGUCCUGUACAAAGAAGGAGUGUCGUAAUAAGCCAGCCUAAUAAAGAAAAUUUACGUCACAUCAACGCUUAUAAUUCUUUAGGCAGAAAAGGAACCAGUUAUAAAUCCCAGUCAUACACCUGGUCCCAGUCGGCUUCUUCAAUUGUGUUAAACAAAUUGGUGGACUCUAUCAACUACCCAAAUGAAAUGGGAAAGAAACAGCUCUCUUCACAAAGAAGCUCAAGGUGUAAUAGUCAACAGGAUUUGUUACUGGGUACUGCUGUUCCAGAUCAUCAAGGUUCUGAAAAAUGCUCUGAUGUGACUCUCCAAGAUUCUCAGAAGGUUCUAGUAGUGAAUAAAAAUUUACCAUCAAAUGCCCAGAUAGCCACACAGAACUAUUUUUCCAAUUUCAAAGAGGUAGAAGGAGAUGAAGAUGAUUACGUAGAGAUAAAAUCAGAAGAGGAUGAAUCAGACCUAGAGACAGCUCAGAAUCAUCCCCAGAAAUCUGAUCCAAAGAUUAGGGAUACUGAUCUCUCUGAUGAUCACCAUAGCAAUAUCACCUCUUAUUCUUUAAGCAGCCCUUGUGCUUCUUCUACAAAACCAGUAAACAGCAAACUUGGUCUUUCACCUUACUUAACAUAUGGUGACUCUGACAAACUAAAUGAAUACCUGUGGAGUGACUCCUCACCCAAUCAGCAGAACAUUGUCCAGGCUCUAAGGGAAAAGUUUCAGUGUCUUAGCUCAAGCAGUUUUGCCUAA